AUGUCAGCAUUUCAAGAUGGUGAUCAUGCAGUUUUGACAUGUCAUGAUAGAACAAAAAUUGUACAAAUCCGACAAGGACGUCCAAUUUUUAUCGAUAAAAAUAAAAUAUUUCUUGAUCAUGUGAUCGGACAAUGUGACGGCUCGUAUUUUGAAUUAAAAGGCAAAUAUUUGUCCGUUGCUGAUAUGAAUCAAGCGAAAGAACUCGCUCAAGCAGAAGAUAUAUCAUCGGAUAAUGCUGGUCAAGAUAAUCGAGAUUUAUGCGAUGAUGGUACUGGAAAUCAAACAUUACAGCACGAUGAAAUCGAACAAUUAAAAUCUGACGGUGUAUCAGGCCAAGAAAUAAUUUCAAAGCUUGUAUCAAAAAGUGCAACAUUUGAAAAGAAAACUGCUUUUUCUCAACAAAAAUAUUUGAAUAAAAAAAAGAAAAAAUAUAUUCAAAUCUAUCGUACAUGGAAACCAAGUAUUCGUCUCUUAUGUCAAGCAUAUACAAAUGAUCUUCAAAAAAUCAUGUAUUUAAGAAGAGAUACAUUAGCUAUGCUUCUAUCAUUAUCAAAUAUAAGUCACGGUUCAAAUGUUGGCAUUGUUGAAUCGUGCCAAGGUCUCGUAUUAGCUUCUGCUAUUCAACGUUGUGCUGGUGGAAACGGAUUCAUAUUUAAUUUAACACCUGCUGGUGAAAAUAAUUCCACUUCUCCAUGUUGUGAUUUUAUGGAUUUUCCAGAUGAAUAUAAAGCCAAUGUCUAUAGCAUUCCUAUAGAAAAUGUUGGCGAUCUAAAUACUAUUGAACGAGCUAAUCAAGCAAAACCAGUAGAAAAAGAACCAAACGAAAAACAUUUACUAGCAAUGCAACGAAGACAACGUCGUCUUGAUGGUUUACAAUUAUUUGAAAAAACAAAACUUGAUAGUUUAAUUAUUGCAAGUAAAUAUGAUUCAUUGUCGAUUUUACAACACCUGAUUGAUUAUCUAACAUUAUCUUCACAUUUUGUGAUUUAUUCUCAAUCAAAUGAAACUCUACUUGAAUGUUAUCAAUUUUUGAAAAAACGUGGUGGAACUAUUCAUGUCGAAAUAGCCGACUCAUGGUUAAGAGAAUAUCAGAUUCUUGACGAACGAACUCAUCCAUUUAUUCGUAUGUCAGGUGCAAGUGGAUAUUUGCUUAGCGGCAUGAUUGUUCAAUCAUAA